UGAUACAGAAGUGGAAAUUUCUGAUUUUUUUCAAAGCCUGCGCACCUUGACGACCAGCUAGGCAUCAACAACCCAACAACGAACUUUCAAGAAUCCACAUUCCUUGUUGUGGUCUUGAUUGUUUUUACUUCCCCUAUUUACUGGUCAAAGCCAAGUACCUCGAGGCCAACCACCCAUCAUGGCAGCUCAAGCGUCCACCUCGGCGGCUCAGUCUGAACCCCGUCGUGACAACUACAGCUCCGGCUCUGACUCCGGCUCUGAUGCCUCGUCUUCUUCUGGCGACGAGGAUGAGUGGCUCGACCAGGACGAGGAGCAGGAGGAGGCCCCUGCCAUCAUCUCCUUGCUCGACGACCAUGUCUUCCCCGACGUUGUCUCCAUGCUGAACUCCUGCAAGGAAAAGGGUCUUGAUUUCCUUGCCAUUCGCGACCGUCUCAACUUGGACUUUUACGGCUUGAUCAAGCUUAUCAACUUCAUCCGUUCCAAGGUCCACGAAGGCGUCCCUCUUCCCACUGAGAUCACUGCCGCCGAUCUGGAGGAUGACCGCUACCUCAAGCCCGUCCUUGAUGAUGACGCCUUGAUUUUGUGCCUGGAUGAUCUCCCUGAGUCCAGCGGUACCGGCGCUGAGGCUUCCGCUGCCGGCACCGAAAAGGGCGCGGAUGCGCCUGCUGUGGAUGAGUUGAUCCAGAAGAACGCCGAGCUCCAGGCUCAGCUUGAGCAGCUGUCCAAGCAGUUCUCCAACUACCGUCUUGCCGUACAGCAGACGCUCGAUCAGCGCUGGCAGGCUGAUGACGACGACAAGGAUGCCGCCAAGGGCAAGGCCGCCGCCGCUGCUGCUGCGCCUUCAGGCCCGGCCCCCGAGGGUCCUGCCGCCAAGGAGGGUGCUUCGGACUACUACUUCGAGUCGUACGCGCACAACGACAUCCACGAGACCAUGCUCAAGGACACGGUCCGCACCGAAGCCUACCGCGACUUCAUCUAUCAGAACAAGGACCUUUUCGCCGGCAAGGUCGUGCUCGACAUCGGCUGCGGCACGGGCAUCCUGUCCAUGUUCUGCGCCAAGGCGGGCGCGAAGCAGGUCAUCGCCGUCGACCGCUCCGAGAUCAUCGACAAGGCGCGCGAGAACAUCUACGCCAACGGCCUCUCGGACGUGAUCGUCACCCUCAAGGGCCGCAUCGAGGAGGUGAUCCUCCCCGUCGACAAGGUCGACAUCAUCGUGUCCGAGUGGAUGGGCUACUGCCUUUUGUACGAGGCCAUGCUGAACAGCGUUCUCUGGGCGCGCGACAAGUACCUUGCCCCCCAAGGUCUGCUGGUCCCCAGCCACGGCAACAUGUGGAUCGCGCCCGUGUCGGAGCAGGAGUACAUUGCCGAGUACGUCGACUUCUGGCGCGACGUGUACGGCUUCGACAUGAAGGUGAUGCAGAAGGGCAUCUACGAGGACUGCCGGAUGGAGGUGCGCCCCGCCGAGACCGUGUGCGGCACGCCCGCCUCCUUCGGCCUGCUGGACUUCCACACCGUCAAGGUCGAGGACCUUGUGUUCACGGCCAAGUGGCAGAGCGCCUUCUCGGAGAAGGCCGAGAGCCACGACGGCUUCCUCGUCUGGUGGGACGUCUUCUUCGCGCGCGACCGCGUCGACGAGUCCAUCAAGCUGGACACCAAGGCGCAGGAGUGGGUUGCUGAGACAGCCGGCAAGGGCGGCGACAAGGACGCCCGGGUGGCGUUUACUACCGGACCGUUCGGUGAGCCUACUCACUGGAGACAGGGCCUGAUGCUUCUGGACAAGAACAAGGUCAAGGAGACGAAGCCGGCUCCGGGCAAGAAGAUUGCGGGCGAGAUUGAGUACAUCACCGCCGAGAACCACGAGCGUGGAUUGAACUUGAGGGUUACUUGGGCUGCCGAGGGUGAAAAGGAGCAGACUCAGACUUGGCUGUUGCACUAGUGGGAUAACGUUGAGUGGCGUCUGGCGCUGUGAACUAAAAAGGUCUGGAGGGUUUUCUUUACAUGGAUGGUUAGAUUUCUUGUACGAUCUUGAGCAUUGGGAAGCUCUGUAUAGCUGGUACAUAUGAUAGGGAAAGUCGCCUAUGUAUCGGCGGGCAAUGGUGGUUAGAAUCUAGCGGCAAAACUUGUGCAUUGCUGAAUGUC